AUGGGUCUCACGCUCGACGACCCGCACAAGCCCCGCGACUCGCUCACCGUCACCGACAACCGCACGGGCAAGACGGUCGACAUCCCCAUCAGCCGCAACUCGGUCCCGGCCACCGCCUUCAAGAAGCUCAGCCUCGCAAAGGCCCGCGAGGGGCAGGACCGCCCGGAGGACGAGGUCGAGAGCGGCCUGCGCGUCUUUGACGCCGGGUACCAGAACACGGCGGUCGUCCAGUCGGCCAUCACGUUCAUCGACGGCGAGGCGGGCGUCCUGCGUCACCGCGGCUACCCGAUCGAGCAGCUCGCCGACAAAUCGACCUUCCUCGAGACGGCCUACCUCCUCCUGUACGGCGAGCUGCCCACCUCGGCCCAGUACAAGCUCUUCUCUCGCGAGGUCAUGCACCACACGUUCGUCCACCGCGACAUGGCCGACAUCGUCGCAUCGUUCCGGUUCGACUCGCACCCGAUGGCGAUCCUGACGGCGUCGUUCGCCGCGCUCGGCGCCUACUCGCCCGAGGGCAACCCUGCGCUCGCCGGCCAGAAGAUCUACACGGCGCCGACCGACGCUGCGCUGCGGCUCCUCGACAAGCAGAUCUUUCGCCUCAUCGGCAAGAGCAUCACGCUUGCUGCCAUGGCGUACCGCAUGCGCCAGGGUCGACAGUUUGUCGCGCCGCCCGCGGGCAUGGGCUACGCCGAGUCGUUCCUGUACAUGAUGGACCACCUCAACGAGGGGAGCGAGUACCGCCCGCACCCGACCAUCGCCAAAGCGCUCGACACGCUCUUUCUCCUGCACGCCGACCACGAGAUGAACGCGUCGUGCGCGGCCGUGCUCCAGGUCGGCUCGACGCUCGUCGACCCGUACUCGGCCGUGUCGGCGGGCUGUGCGGCCCUGUACGGACCCUCGCACGGCGGCGCCAACGAGGCCGUCAUUCGCAUGCUCGUCGACAUUGGCUCGCCCGACAACGUGCCGGCCUUUAUCGAGCGCGUCAAGCGCAAGGAGGCCGUCCUGUCGGGCUUUGGGCACCGCGUCUACGUCGCGACCGACCCGAGGAGCAAGAUCAUCCAGAAGAUCGCCGAGGACGUCUUUGCGCUCACCGGAAAGGACCCCUUGCUCGACACGGCGCUCGCGCUGCGCGACGCGGCGCUCAAGGACUCGUACUUUAUCUCGAGACGUCUCUAUCCGAACGUGGACUUUUUUAGCGGCCUCAUCUAUCGCGUCCUCGGUUUCCCAACCGACUUCUUCCCCGUCCUGUUCGCCGUCCCGCGCGUCGUCGGCUGGCUCGCCCACUGGCGCCAGAUGAUGCUCGCCGGCACCGCCGCCGUCAAGAUCUGGCGCCCGAGGCAGGUCUACGUCGGCGAGGGCGAGAGGAACUAUGUCGGCAUGAAGGAGAGGGGCGAGGAGGGUGCGCAGCAGGGGAAGAAGAAGAAGGAGAGGGGGAGCGAGCCGAGCAAGGUGCACCACCCGACCUCGACCCGUGUCUUCCUCGCGCGCGAGUCCAAGCUCUGA